AGUACCUUGUGAAGCAAUUAAUGGCUCAUUUGGUUUUCUUUGUUUUGCUCUUUGUUGGGCAACUGAUUGGUGGAUUCAGUAUCCAAAAACUGACUCCAUCAGACAGUGGAAACGUAUUAACUGUUCUGAGUAUUGAUGGUGGUGGUAUCAGAGGGAUUAUUCCCGCAAAAGUUCUUGAUUACCUAGAUAAGGCUCUUAAGGCUAAAGAUCCAAAUGCAGAUUUAGCAAAUUACUUUGAUGUGAUAGGAGGGACUGGCACUGGUGGACUCAUAACAGCUCUGUUAGCCACCCCAAGCCUUCAUGAUCCUACUCGUCCUGCCUUUACUCCUGCACAAAUUGUAGACUUCUACAAAGAAAACGGCCCUCAUGUAUUCAAUUUAUCUAGACUUCACGGUCCCGCAUUCGAUGGAGAGUUUUUACAUAACAUAACUCGUGAACUGUUUAAGGAUACACGACUUAGUCAAACAUUAACCAAUGUUGUCAUCCCAACUUUCGAUAUCAAGACACAAAAACCAGUUAUAUUCUCAAACUAUAAGCUUGGGAGGUAUCCCUACUUCAAUGCCUUGAUGUCGGAUAUAAGCAUAUCGGCUUCAGCAGCUCCCACUCUUCUACCACCUUACUAUUUUGAGAAUGAUGGUGUUGAGUUCAAUUUGAUUAGCGGUGCAGACUUGAGUAUGUUUAGUAUCCUUGAUGACAGCUUAGUAAAUGGGAAUCCGACUAGAGCAACCGUGAGUGAAGCACUUCGACACAAUAAGUAUUCCAGAAUACUUAUAUUGUCUUUGGGAACUGGAACAAAAGAAACUCAGCAGGAUUUGGAUGUUGAAAUGGCUGCCACAUGGACCAAUUGGGAAUGGCUUAUUCAUGGAAUCACUUUUAUUGAUCGUGCAACUACUUCCAUGGCAGAGUACUAUCAUGGUUCACUCUUCCAACAACCUCGUAUUACCUACCUUCGAAUUCAGGAAUACGAAUUGGAUCCUGCUUACUCCAGCUUGGUUGAAGUUGCAAAAGGAAAUAUGGACGGUCUUGAAGAGACUGGGAAAGAACUUUUAGAAGAAAAAGUUAAGAAGAUCAAUUUGAACACUUUCUCCGUAGAAGAAGGCGUAGGAACAAAUGCUGAGGCUCUUGACAGGCUUGCUGAUAUUUUGUAUGGAGAAAGACAGCAUCGUCUGAAGCAAAAGUCUAUAGAGAAUGGAGGAAGACCAUUUCUUCAAACUCUUAGGGUUCCUUCAGACAAAAUUCAAGCAAAUUGGGCAUUUCAAAAGAACAAAGUUCUGUGAUAUCAUUUGUAUUAGUUAUCCAUGCUUGUUGUACUUUCUAUCUACAUAAUAAGGUUCAUGGCAUAUAUAUAUGAGUUCUGUGCAACUCUCUAAGCCAGCAAGAACCAUGAAUAAUAUACCAAGCAUCUCCCUAUUGUAAAAACAAGGAUAACUCUAUGUCACUUCUAAUUAACAA